UGUUGUGUAGCAAGAUAGCCUUCGUAGUGUGGUGGCUAUGGACUCCACUCUCCCUAAUAAGCAGACCGUGCGACCUGCCCUUCCCUGUCUCCGAUAGAGGAGUCAUGAGCCGCUUUCUUCGCGUCAGGGACUCGUCUUCCGUUUUGAGCUGUAGACACCAGCAUAGAAACACCGCCUUCUCUAUCACGACCAGACCGGCCAGCGUAGUAACGUUAGGGUAACUGGAAUAGUGGAUGCCUGGUGCUGGUUGUUAAAGCCCGGAAGAUCUCGCGUAGCGGCACCGGCAUUGAAGCUCGGAGCAGAGGCGACUUCGGGGCAUGUCUGCUGGCCGUCACUUUUUUGACAUCGGCCUCGUUUAGAUACAGCGGAAUGAGGGGUCUCUGUUGGCGGAGUGAACUUUGCUGACGACCACAGCAGAGCGCAGCGGAUUUUAUACACCCACAUCCCUGCUCCCCCCCCGCCCCUCUCUCUAGCCCCAGCCAGUCAAAUGCACCCGGAAAAUAAACUAACCAACCAUGGCAAGCAAGUGAUCAGCACCGCCCAAUCCCAGAUCCCCAAUGUGAACCAGCAGCAGCAGCAGGGCCCCACCUGCAACCUCGGGUCCAAGGGGGUGGGGGUGGGGAAUCAUGGGGCCAAGGUCAGUCAGAUCUCACCGGGAAACCCAGGGCUGAAGAGCAGCGGCCAAUCAAGCAGCAGCGUGGGGGGGCCGCUGAAAGGCAAGACCAAGCGGGAGAGGAGCGUUUCCAUGGAGCCGGGCGAGCCGCGAGACGCUCUCACCCCCGCUCUGGAGCCGGACGCCAAAGCAGAGGGCGUGAUGCGCAGCAAGCGCCGCUGUGUCCUGGAGAAGAAGCAGCCGUACACCGGGGACGAGUGGUGCUCCGGUGCGGACACAGAGGAAGACGAUGACAAGCCACCUGCUGCCUCCCACCGUCCAGGCCAGCCCCUCCCAGGACCCUCCACAGUUGGGUCCGUCAGUGAUUCAGCUGGUCCUGCGGUGGGGCGGAGCGUGGGACCCGGACUCCGCCCCGAGCUCGGCUCUGCACCCCGCCCCCCUCAGCAGGUGGUGUAUGUCUUCACCACCAGCCUAGCCAACCGUGCGGCUGAGGCAGUGAUCCACGGUCAAGCUGACUCCAUCCUGCUCUUUCACCAGCAGAAUGUCCCUCGCACCAAACUGGACCAGUGUGCCCUGGCUGGGAAGCUCCCUGGUCUGUCAGAGCAGCUGAGUGCCAGGAGCACCCCUCCAACUGGCACACCCAAAUCUCAGAGUGGCACUCCCCGGCCAGCAUCUGUGGGAGGGGGCGUGGGGGGACAUUUGCACCCGGGCGGGACCCCGUCUUCUACGGGGCACCCUGAGGAUGAGCCCCAGCAGGCUAGGCCGGGAGGGUCCUCCAACAGCAGCGGCGGGUUGGGACCCCAUCUGUCCGGGGCCGGAGGCUUGGCGGGAGGAGGGCGGCCCGGAGGUGAGGACGGGCCAGGUGUGCUGCCCCAAGCGGGGGCUGGCGUCUCCCCUUCCCUCAGCCCGGGGGCGGUGCCCACACAUCUGCUGGGUGAGCAGGGGCAGCAGGAGGGGCCGGGACCUGGGCACCCGGACGGUCUGUCCAAGGAGCAGCUGGCGCACAGAGAGCGCUCGCUGCAGACUCUGCGGGACAUCGAGAGGCUACUGCUGCGCAGCGGGGGCGGCGGGGGGCCGGGGGACCCGGGAGGGCCAGCCAGCGCCAACCCCAACGCCAGCGCCAACGGCAACAACAACAGCAACGGCAGUGUGCCCGGUGGCGGUGGUGGCCUCGAGAGUGGUGGUGGGCGGGGCUGUCACCCGGGCAACUGCAGCAGCAAUAACGGCAGCCUGCCCCCCGGCGCCCUGGCUCCUCCGGGGCCGCUGAAGAAGUACGAGGAGCCGCUGCAGUCCAUCAUUUCUCAGACUCAUAGCCUGGGCGGGCCGGGCCUGGACGACCCCCAGAUGGGGCCCCACCAUGGCCUGCCACCCCUCCACAACCCCUCCCACCCGCACCACCACCUCUCCUCGCCCUCCGGCAUGGACAUGGGGCCCUUGCUGGGGCCCGACGGGCUGACCCCCGAGCAGAUGGCCUGGAGGAAGCUGCAGGAGGAGUACUACCAGGAGAAGCGGCGGCAGCAGGAGAUGCACUCCCACCACCACAGGAUGGUGCCUGAGAUGGGCAUGGGAGGGGGGCCGCCCCUCAUGAUGCGGGGGCCUCCGCCGCCCUAUCACAGCAAACCGGGCGAGCCGCAGUGGCCACCUGGGCCCAUGAUGGGCGGGAACGGGCGCUUGAUGGACAUGCACCAGGAGGGACCCAGGGGCCCGCGGUUCCUUGGGCAGAUGCAGAGAGGGCAUCCUGGCGGCGGUGGAGCAGGUGGCUACCCCAUCAACCCAGGAGGCGGGAUGCCCAUGGAGGCCAUGGGACACCAGAGGCCUCCCAGACCAGGGAUGGGCUGGCAGGACGACAUGCCCCCCAACAUGGGAGGAGGGGGGCCGUUUCAAGGGUGCUACCCCCCCGGCGGACCUCCCCAGCACCUGCAGGGUGACCCCGAACGCCUCCUGCCCCCUCAGACACGGGAGGAGAUAUUCCGCAUGCUGGAGAAGCGGCAGCUCCAGGGGCUGCACAGGCUGGAGAUGGAACGGCUGGCCAAGCAGCAGCAGGGUGGCCCCAGGUUAAUGGACAACCCUGGGGGGGUGGGCGGCUUUCCCAAUUCUGGGAUGGGCGGGGGCCCCCCGUCGCGGGGCGACCCCAUGGACUUCCCCGGCUCCCGGGGGAUGAUGGGCUCUCCUAUUGGUGCGGCCGGUGGACCGGGGGGGCCCCCAGCUAGGGACAUGGUGGACAGUGUGAACAUGAACCUGAACCUGCCAAUGAAUGCCCAGCAGCAGCAGCACAUGAUGCUGGGGCAGAAGCCAGGAGGAGGGCCGGGCGACGGGGUAGGGGAGCUGCUGAGCCCUGAGGAGAUCUCUCGAGUCAGGGCAGCGCAGAAUGGUGGCAGCCGGGGGAUGCUUGGCAAUAAAAAUAUGAUCCCAGGAGGAGGGGGCCCUCUUCCCUUCCCCAAUCAGGGCUCGUACCCAGGCGGUCACGCAGGAGACGAGUACCUCCCUACGGAGCCCGGUCCGGACAUGUUCGGUGCAGAGCAGCAGGGACCCUCUCCGAUGGGCGGGACCCCCAGGCUCAGCCACAUGCCCAUGAACUCCGGGCCAAGGGGCGCAGACCUUGGCUCACGUUGUUCCUCUGACCUGUCCAUCAACAUGAACCCCAUGGGGUCCCCAGGUCUUCCGCCCCCCCACCCGCUCAAGUCUCCGACCCUCAGCCAGGCGCCAUCCCCACUCAUGCCCUCCCCCUCUGCCCCGAGCCUCAAAUCCCCGCAGAUCCCCCCAACAGGCCCCCCGCCUCCCCUCCCCCCCGCCACCACAGGCGCUGGAACCCCAUCCUCCUCCAUCAAGUCUCCCCAAGUGAUGGGUCCUUCCUCUCUGGGGUUGCACUCUCCCUCUGGUUCUCCUGGAAGGCUCAAAUCCCCGGCUAUGCCCACUGCUUCCCCUGGCUGGACGGCAUCUCCGAAAACCACCCUGCCGAGUCCAGGUGGGCCGGGCGGUGUCAAGGGAGUCGGUAAUGGGGGAAGCAGCUCUACUGAUACAGGCCCCUCACUGCCACCUCGCAGUACCAACUCAACUCCCAUCAGCCAGCCUGGCUCCAUGAAUCCCGGCAUGCCGUUCACCUCAUCUCCAGAUGCUCCUCCUUCCCAGAAUCCUCUGUCUCUUAUCAUGUCCCAGAUGUCUAAGUAUGCCAUGCCCAGCUCCACUCCGCUGUACCAUGAUGCGAUUAAGACCAUCGCCACCUCUGAUGACGAGAUGCUGCCGGAUCGUCCUUUAAUGCCCGGAGUCAACAUGGCAGGAAACAAUGGAAACCAUCAGUCCUCCCAAAUGCUCCUCACACCUCAAAACUCCAUGGGCCCUCACAGUGGGUCACAGAGCCCCAUGGGGAUGGUCCUCCAUGGCCAGCCACAGCUAUCCCACGAUCCCUCUGGACCCAUGUUGCAUUCCCCGAACCCCAUGGGCAUGCCCGGCAUGAACUCGGCAAUGAUGGGAGUCGGAGGCCCACCGGAUGGAAUGGGACCCUGCAACAUCUCCCCGAUGCUUCCUCAAAACCAGAUGGGCGCCUUCCCCCGAAUGCAGCCGCCCCCCCACGGACCGCUGCACUCCCCCAGCCCCGGGAUGCCCCAGCAGUUCCACCCGCCCCCGGACGACGUCAUUCCCCAUCACCAGCUGCACCUUCUCGCCAAGGGCCUGCCCCACCAGCGCUCCUCGCACCCUCCAGACUCCUUCCCCCCCAUGCCCAUGGGCGACGGGCCGGACCUGAGCGAGGUGAUCCGACCCACGCCCACGGGCAUCCCGGAGUUCGACCUGUCCCGGAUCAUCCCCUCUGACAAGCCCAGCAGCACCCUGCAGUACUUCCCCAAGAGCGAGGCCCAGCAGAACCCUCACCAGGGGCAGCCGCCCCCGCCGCCAUCCCACCAGCCCCCCCCUCCCCACCUCCUCAAGCAGCACCCCUCCUCGGGCCCGCCCAACAGCAAUGCCCCCUCCUCCAACCCGCACAUCGCCAACCUGCAGAACAUGAUGGCGGAGCAGCAGCUGCCCCCUCCCCAGCACCCCUCGCACAUGGACAUGCGCUCCGGCCUGGGCAUGCCGCAGGGGCCGCUGAGGGGCCAGGUGGGAGCGGGGAGGAUGGGCCCCAUGUGCCACCCGGGGCACAUGAUGGGCAGGACAGGCAUGGUGCCCCACAGUUCCCUGCAGCAGCAGCAGCAGCAGCACCUCCAUCAGCAGCAGCAGGCCAUGAUGGCCAACAGCCUGCUGCACCACCCCUCGCACCCGCACCCCGCCAUGAUGUCGCCUCAGCAGCACCCGCAGAACCUGAUGACCCAGCAGGGCCUGAUGAUGAUGCAGGCCAAGCAGCGCGGCAUGCCUGUCCACGGGGACCCCUAUGGCCAGCAGGGGCCCCUCAUGUCCCCUCAGGGGCCCAUGAUGGGGCCCCCGCACCCGCAAUCAGGCAUGAUGGGACCCCAGGCCUUCAGACAGCGGGGCAUGGCUCUAGACGGUCCCUUGCGUUAUGGGCCUGGGAGCAUGGCCAACAUGCCCUUCUGAA